GCUCUGUGCGGUGGUCAUAGUCAAAUUGUUUAAAUCUGAUAGAAAUUAUGCUGAAGAGCUCUUUCUUCUGCUUGAUUCCUCGCUUCUCACUUGCUUGUCCAUCUUCCAGAUAUAGAACGGUUUGCUUGAGCAAAAUGAGCACAGCACCUGAACCUUUGUGUCCCAAGUUCACUCCUGUUGAAAAGAGUGAAAUUGCUUCAAUAAGCAAAUCUGAAGGUUUCAAAUUCAGUCUUGUGUCUUAUAACAUUUUGGCUCAGGCUUAUGUAAAGAGUGCUUCAUUUCCACACUCUCCGUCACCAUGUCUCAAGUGGAAAGCUCGAUCUCAGGCAAUCUUGACUGUUCUUAAAGGCCUAGGAUCAGAUUUUCUUUGUUUACAGGAACUGGAUGAGUACGAUAGCUUCUACAAAAAAAAUAUCGAGAGUUUUGGCUACUCAAGUAUCUAUGUUCAAAGAGGUGGGCAGAAGAAAGAUGGAUGCGGGAUCUUUUAUAAGCCCAAAAGCGCAGAGUUGAUUAUUGAAGAAAAAAUAGAUUACAAUGAUCUUUUAAAUUCAAUUCAAGAUGAAGCUGCAAGUCUGAAGAAAGAUGUUGAUCUAUCAGCUAGUGGAAAUAAAAGUGAUGAAUCGACAAAUGAUUCAGAGCAGAAAAGCACUCAAACAGAUUGCGGAGAUCCUAAUGAUCCCCGUGUCAGACUAAAACGGGAUUGUGUCGGUAUUAUGGCUGCCUUCAAACUCAACGAUCCUUCUUGUCAUCACAUUAUUGUUGCAAAUACCCAUAUUUACUGGGAUCCCGAAUGGAUAGAUGUCAAACUGGCACAAGCCAAAUAUUUGCUACGUCGCUUAGCUGAAUUCAAGUCAAGAGUGUCGGACCAAUUUGGCUGCUCGCCUUCUGUAUUAGUAGCAGGUGACUUCAAUUCAGUCCCCGGGGAUCAAGUAUACCAAUACAUUGUUUCUGGUACCUCUCCGCUCGGUCCUCAGCCAGAAAUCUCAGAUGAGAUGCCUAUUCCGGUAUGCAGUGUAUAUGCAUACACUAAAGGGGAGCCUCCGUUCACCAACUGCACCCCCGGUUUUACAGGAACUCUGGAUUACGUUUUGUUUUCACCUUCUGGAGAUAUAAAACCAGUUAGCUGCCUCGAACUUCCGGGACCAGAAUCAUCCGAUGUACAAGGUUGGUUGCCCAAUUACUACCACCCAAGUGACCAUCUCCCAAUUGGCGCCGAAUUUGAAGUCGAUCCAUAAGCGAAUUUCCAUAUAUGGUUAGCUUCUCCUUCUUCCCUCCAUACUAAGGGCUCACAAUUCUUCUCUUAAAUGAUUUUUUUCACCUCCGCGCGCGUCAACUGAAAGAUAUGUUCUGUUUCAACUUUCAACUAAAAGCUUAAGCUGAUAGUGAGAUUAUACAUUUAUAUUUCUAUAUACUGUAUGCUCAACGUCGUCUUUCCCUGUGUUUUGUUGCAUUUCAUGGUUUUCAAAACAUUGCUGCAACUGUAUUUUCGAAAAAACUUGAGUUCAAUAUGAUUCUUGGAUGCAAAGUUCCUGGGGCUGUACGGAAUUGAAACCUUAAAAUUUUUGAUAUAUCCAAUGAUUUGUCUGAGCUA